CAACCGACUUUCUGGGGGGUGGGGCGCAAACUGAUACAGGGAUUCGCGCUGGGAGAACUCCCUUUGCAAAUCGGGCGCUGCAGCGUACAGACCACUACGGGGCAUAUGCAGAGUGCCUUUGAUUGCAUACCGUGGAGUAGAGAGAUGCCUUGAAAGAGCCUAGGAGAAGGAGUAGGCUUUGGUUGGAAGUGGACCAAUCACAGGCUCCGUUUUUCUGCUCGUCUCCCAAUGGCCUUCACAUUUCCCUGAUAGGGAAAUUGAGCCACACCCUCUGCACCCGAUCCAUGAUAUUAGGCCCCUUGAGCCAUGGAGGCCAUUGAUGUCCCUGUGGGGAACCUCAUUGACUUUGACUCUGAACCUUCCACCACCGACACCUCCGAAUCCGUCCCUGCCGCUCCUCCCUCCACCAAUGGCAAUGGGCUGCUGGACCACCUGGCGGGCGACACGGCCGCAGUGGCGGAAGAGAGUGACGCGACGGAAUCUGCCGACAGCGAGAACGACACAACGGACUCGCCCACCCAUCACAGCUGGAACAACCACCGCCGCUCUUCCUCGGAGUCCUACUCAUCUAACCAGAGCACAGAGUCCGCCAAGGACGAAGUGACAGCAGAGCACCGGGAGUUCAUCAGGCAGUACGUGGAGAAGAUCUUCACAGGAGGAGAGGAAUUUGACCAAGAGGAGAAAGCCAAGUUCGGAGAACUCUGCAGUGGGGAGAAUGCAAAAGGCAGGGAAUGGUUUGCCAGAUACGUGAGUGCUCAGCGCUGCAAUUCCAAGUGUGUCUCGGAGCAGACUUUCUAUCGACUGGUCCAGUCCUUUGCUGUGGUCCUCUUUGAGUGUUACCAGAUGGAUGAUUUCAGCCCUGCUAAGAACCUGAUGACCAUGUGCUUUACCUAUUACUAUAUUGGUAAGCCCCAAGCGCUGCCCAUCGAGUCCAAGGAGAAGCCCACUGGCAGCAUCGACUCCUACCUGAAGUCUGCAAACAGCUGGCUGGCCGAGAAGAAGGACAUUGCAGAGCGGCUCCUGAAGAACACGUCGGCAAAGACGGAGAACGUGAAAGGCUUCUUUGGGAGCUUUGAAAGCAAGCUGAAGGGGCCCGGGCCCAAGAAAGCUGAGGAUGAUGAAGAUAAACCAAGAGAGAGAAUCCACAAAUCAGUUUCCCUGUACAUUCCUGAGGAGGAGGAAGAAAAAUCAGGAGAGAAGAUCUACCUGUACAUGCACCUGAAGCAACAGCCCAUCUGGCAUACCCUGCGGUUUUGGAAUGCGGCUUUCUUCGACGCGGUUCACUGUGAGAGGCGGAAACGGUCUCCCACCACUAGGGAGAAAUGGUGUCACAUGACCCAAGAGGAGCGAGACGAUAGUCUGCGGUUUAAUGAGAAUAUCACCUUCGGACAGUUGGGUACUUUCACUCACAACAUGUUGGCUUUUGGGCUGAACAAGAAGCUUUGCAACGACUUCUUAAAGAAGCAGGCAGUGAUUGGCAACCUGGAUGAAGAGCAGUACAAGCUGCUUAGCGAUCACAUCGAACAAAUGGCUGCAGAAUAGCACCGCGACCUGCUUCCUGCAUUCAGGAACUAAUAAAGAGGAAGCCAGUGGGGAUGCAAGGGUAGAAAAAAGCCUGUCUCUGAGACUACCUGCAACAUAAAAGAUGGGCUUUUCAAAAAAGCAAAAACUAUACCCAACUGACUCUGCGUUAAACCUGCAUGAUCGUCUUCUAACCACGUAGAGCUGCGUCGCGCAGCCCGUUAUAGACGUAGGAGCUCAGCAAUCAAAGCUGCCCGCCCUCUUCUGCUGCCACCUCCCCAUAUGCCUUUUCCACCCGGACUGUGACUGAAUGGAGACUUCUGGGGGGAAUCUUCUGGGUAUGAGGCAGAGUGCAAUUCAGCAUGGGAGAGUCUAGCGUGUUCGUAAAAGAGGAAGGCUGAGCUGUUGGGAUAGCCUCUCCUCUCUCUGCUUUCUGCUGCUGAAUUUUUUCUUUUAGCAUCAAAGGUUUGCAGAGCAUAGAAAAUAGGUGUGUGCGUGUGCAAGGGAUGCAGGAAGGGGUGGGUGGAAGGGAAGAUAGGCACCCUAGUUCCAAUUAUUACUCUAGAAGACCCCUAAAGUGAAUACCAGGAGUUCUGUAGGCCGGGAGGCCAGAUGCAAAUCUUCCUGAUGGGGGUUAUAUUUAAGAAGAUGGGCAGGAAAUGGGUGGUUGGGUCAGUGAUUCUGUGUUAGGCUGGAACAGAAGGCCUAGAUCCCCACCACCACCACCACCACCUUUACAGUUCUUACAAGUUCUUUCCUGCAGUAUCUUUUGAUGCAGGUUGCUCUCAUCCAGCAAGUAAUGUUUUGCUAGGUGUUUUCUGUUUCCCUGGUAGCUGCUCCAUCUGAAAGCAAUUGAUGGGGGUGCCCACUACUUUCAAAUGGUCUGAUAGAUCUGCUUUCCUGAACGGUCAAGGGGAGGGAACAUCCUGGUGUAUGCAGCAGCAUAUCUGGCUGGGCUUUGAGCAUGAGCCUUUUGGAGUCUAGGUGUGAUCAAAGCGAAGCCCACAGCAGGGAGAUGCCAAGCCAAUGCAGACUCUCUCCAGCUGCUCAAGUUUUUGUUAAAUGAAAGUUUGUCAGCACAGGUGGUAAAUCUUCAUGAUAGCAAGCCUCUUCAGCUUCUGAUUUUGAGAAGAUCACUCAGAGCCAGCUGUUGCAGCGUUUAUGGAACUCCAACAACCUGUUCGCCGUUUUUUAAAGCAACACCAACCAUGAGUCAAUGUCUUUGUGUGAUUCUUGCCAGUGAUGUGGUCUUGGGAGUUGUGAUUCUGUAUCUCACCAAACUAUCCGGGUUGCAACGAUUGUUCAGAGGAUUCAGCGAGUUGCAUUUUCAGUACUUGACCAACAUUCACAAGGUUGCUUUGACACCAGUUUGUGGUGUUGAAUGAGCCCAGAUGUGGCUAGGUUGUGUGGACAUGCCAUCAGAUGCACUCUUCCGAUGUUUUCCAAGAGUCAGCUAUGGGCACUGGUGCACCAAAGUGUAAGAAUCCUGAACUAACAGUAGCUUAUUAUUCCGUGGUAAAUCUGUUGUUUCUAUAUGACUACUGAGGUGCAGCCACACCAUUCACUUGUAAACCAUUUCUGCUCUUUUGGCUUGCAGUGAAGAAGUUUGGGAGUUGUAGGUCUAUUGAGAGAGUUUAGUCUUUUCUGUUAAUAGACUUCUACCACCUUUUACAGGACUACAGUCCUGUAUUGGUUUGCGUUUCUGGUGUCAAUACAUCCUCGGUUGCCUUGUUGAAAAUUGCAGUGCAUUGCUUCAGUGUUUUCCAGCAGCUAAAAGUCACGUAACUAAACUUCUGCAGAUUUGGUUUUCAAGUCCCUGCAGUUUCCUUUGAGUCCAGGAGAGGGUGCCAGGGAGCAGUUUUUGGGAUAGAUUUCUUUUUCGAGUUUCGUUUUGUUUCAUUCUUUGCCAUUUGCUUGAUUCUGGUUAGUAGGUGUGAUUGAAUCAAUGAGCUUUGAUUAGCCAAAGUGAGUUUCUGCAAAGAAAAAUGAAAACCGAUAUAGGGAUCUUGCCCCACCGCAUUGCCAGUGGUUCUGAAGCAAAACUGCUUGUCACACCUUGAAGUUAUGAGAGAAGCAGCUUCUCAACAUUUCUCCCCAUUGUGCUGUUGUUGAAGGCACAUAAGCACCUUUCCAGGAUAAGCACCAGCCAUUCUAUAUUUGACAAAGAAGGGGAAAUCCCUUCGUCCCCAUCUCAGGACCUUUAAGAGAACUUGUCCGGAACUUCUCUCUAGAAAAGCCAUUAUACAAGAGAAUAAGAUUAAUGCUGCCUCAGGGAGCCACCUUUUUUUUCUGUUGCAAAGCAAAGUUUAUUUAAUUCUCACAUCUUAGCUGGUCAUAUUUUUGCAUAACAUGCAGCCCUUUUGGGUUGAGUGAGCUUUAAAAUGACUGGGUGUCCUCAGACCCUUAAUGUGUUCUAGAGUCAGGUGCAAAUAUUUUAUCUGAGCCACGGCAUCUCUCCACUUCAGGUUAUGAGACUCUCAAGUCUAUCCCUGCCAGCCUUCUGUGGGACUACAACUCCCAACAGCCCCAGCCAGUAUUGCCAACGGUCAGAGAUGUUGGGCGUUGUAGUCCAGCAAUAUGCAGAGGGGUAAGGGGGAGGUUGGGUUGGCCUUAGACCAGGGACAUCUGAGUUCGAAUUCCCACUCAAAGCUUAUUGGGUGGGUUAUUUGGUCUCACUGGGAGGCCACCCCAUCAUUUCAAGCCACUCUGGGAAUUUCCAAGACAUGGCAGAGUUGACAUUUGGGGAGGGGAGGUGGUACCCUCUGAAAGAGGCUCAGUUUGGCCUAGGAACUAUCACUUGCUAACCACCAGAGUGUGCCAUGACUCUUUGUGCCAUGUGAAAGUAACUGCCAGUAGUUCUUUUUAAAUGUCAUCUCCUAAGUCAAGGUUAGCCUACAUGGCUUACCCUGAUAUUUUGGACUUAAGCACUCAUCAUCCUCUACCAUUGGCCAUGUUCCCUGGGGCUGAUGGGAGUUGUAGUCCCAUGCUGGCUACCCUUGAUGGAACCUUAAAGGGCAGGGCAGAUAACAGAACUUCUAGAAUGCCAUAUUAAAUGUAGCUGUAUAACCACUCCGUGUGUACCUUUCUUAACACUGCAGUUUAUUAUGUCUGCAAUGUUUUCGUUCCUAUCAAACAUGAGAUUUAAAAGAUUUGACAUCCAAAAAAGGAAAAUAUACUAUUUUCUUCCUUUUGGAUUGUGGUGUUUUCUAACUCGCAACAUUGAAAAGAAGAAAGCAUUGUUUGGCAGAGAGGACAAAAUUUUCUGUGGUCCACCUCCUGCCUCUUUUGCUGCCAUCCGGCCCAUGAUGCAACCAACAUUUUUGGGUUCCAAACAAGACUUUUGAUGCCAGUGCCUAAUGGGUUGGACUAUGCUUUGACCCUGCACUUGCUAUAUCUCAGAUGGGCUUUCUCUAAUGCAAUAGUAUUUGAAGGCAUCCAGUAAGUGAUACAUGACCUAAAUUUAGCAAAUACCACAUUAUCACAUUCCAACUGCAUUCAAUCAUUUUGCCAUAUCAUCCUAAGUAACUUUGGUGUGUUUUUUUAUAUAAAAAGUAGGCUUCAAAGCUAAAAAUGCACCUUGAGUUUAGGCUCUGUAUAAUGGGUAGCCAACAUGAUGCCUUGCUAAUGUUGGACUCCACAUCUCAUCCACGUCAGCUGUCACCACGGCAAGUGGUCCAGAAUGAUGGGAGUUGCAGCCCAACACCUGCAGGGCUCCUCAGUGGCUACGUCUGCCACAUCUUAGUUUUUGAAUGUAUUGAUCCAGUGAGUAAAGACUCCCGCAUCUGGAAGGGCCUUUGCUGACUUGAAUGUCCACAAUGCCUGCGGUGAGGCUGUUUCCUUCUCCUCCUCCUUUUGCUUGUUAAAAAGUUUUCCUCCGUUUUGCCUAUGGUGAAAAGUUGGUGUGGAUCUUCUACCACAAGCUGGCUUCUGAUUGGUGGAUACAGUUGAAAGCAUUCAAGAAGCGUGUUGAGCAAUAACAUUCCAGGUGUGGCUGCCCGUUUCUUCACCCUGGUUGCUUCCCAAUGAGCAAAACCCCGCAGUAGUGUAAUUGUCUCCCUUUGCGGAUAGGACAAGUGAGAAUCGACUCUCUUGGACAAUCGGCCUGUGUUUUACGGUGGCUUUUGCCUGGGUUUCCUCCUGACUCCUAAAUGGACAUUAAGGCCACAUUGAGGGAAACACUAUUCAUCUGUCCACCUAGUGAAGACUGCAGAACCAUGGUAAUCUUUUUCUAUGCAUAUCGUCAUGUGGCGUUUAUACUUCAAUCCUUCAGGGCUCUUGUACAAAAGUGCUACUGUGAAUCUUAGACCCACCCACAUUAUGCUGUUGAAUUUGGACUCUGUGGAUGUAGGGGAGAGAAGCACUGAGCUAAAUGGAAACUGGAACCACAACCUUUGUUCCAAGGUGUGAAAGCUGUGUAUAUGAAGCUGGGGUGUUUUCUUCAUGGACCUCCAGAUUAGAGAUGAUAGCUGAGUCAAAAUAGCUUUGGCUGUUAUGGAAGUGAAGGAAUAGGGCUCGAGGGUUUUCCCCCCCCUUGUACUUCCAGUGAGAAGUGAUUUUAUUGUGUGGAAUUGAAAGAGGGACAUCUCAGCUACAACAGACCUGUUGUCCUUUUCCCGCUGCUGAAGUUUCGUUAAUAAUGUGUAACUCCAAGGGGGGUGUCUUUCCUCUCUUUGUAUGUCUCUUGCCUUGUCAGCUCCCACCCCUGAGUACAGCUCUGAUUCUCAUCCAACACUAGAAAUAUCUAGCUGUGUAGGCUCUUUUUGUUAAGCGAUCUCUAGAAGCCUCAUAUAAUAUCAGUGUAAACAGACCAUUUCAGUGUCUCAUUUCCAUAUAUCUAAUUGUGAGAUUCAUUGGGAGUUCAAAGUUCUGUAUUUGACUUGUUUGACAUAUAUAUAGAUACAUAUAUAUAUAUGUUGAGAUAUAUUCACCCAAGUUCUCUUGUUUUGUAUACAAAGUGCUGCCAUGUUCUGAUGUGUUGGGUGCAACUGUUGUACUGACUGACAUGUUGUACUGCGAUUGUGCAAUUUAGUAUCCUUUGUGGAAUACUGUUGUUUUUAAACUCAUGUACUGAAAGCAUUUCAAGUCCUGGUUAUGAAUGGAUUGGGGAAGUGAAAUAAAACUCUCUUUUUUGUUAACCCCUACACUGAAUUCUGUCUUUUUCAUAAUCAGCACAUGCAUUGUAUUCCAGAUCUAUUUUGGCUUGCUGGGAAAGGAGGAAUAGGUCAAUUUUACUUCUCUCUGUCUUUCAUUUCUUCAGUCUUGAAUUCAGUUUACACCAUUCCUGUCUUCUGUUUGCAUUUUUUUAUUUAAAAAAACCACACAAAAAAUUGUAUGCAUUUUCAUGUCUGUUUCUCCCAAUAAACACAUUUCUUUACACGGUUUUACCUAAUCUGCACAUUUCCCCAAGCAAUUCCCUCUUGUGUAAUGCUGCUUUGUACGCUAUCUCUGCUAGUGUAUGCAUUUCCCCAUAAUAUACCGUACAUACUUUUUCUUUUUUGCGGGAGAACUGCAUCAUAAAAUUCAAAGAUGUGUGUUUCAAAGGACAGUUGUGUUUUGCUGUGCAUUUUGGUUUGGGAAAUGUGAAGCAGGUAAGUUCACAUUAAAAUAUGAACAAUUGGAUUUCUCUUCAAUCUCUUUAAGAAUCUCAUUUUUUGUAGAAAAGGGGUGUGUGUUUUAUUAUGACUUAAUUGCGGGUGGCAUUAGUACCUUCUACAGGAGCUGUAUCUAGCUGAGUGCUUACACCACACUAGCCAAAAUCACACACACACCCUGAUUUUGUUUGGACCCUGCAACUCCCAUCAGCACCAACCAACGUGACCAAUCUGCUGCAAAUCACCCAGAGAUCUACCACCCUGAUCUAAUUUCUGCCCUAAAGGUAAAGGGACCCCUGACCAUUAGGUCCAGUCACGGACAACUCUGGGGCUGCGGCGCUCAUCUCAUUUUACUGGCUGAGGGAGCCGGCAUACCAUGACCUAAUUGACAUCAUAAGCAGGUGGGAGUGGCCACUGAACAAGAAAGGAUCUAGGAGAAGAGGUGCCAAAUCACCAUUGGUUCAACAGAUGCAAUUGAGUUACCAGGAUUGCUCUGUCAAACCUUUCCCUGCAUUCUAUCAAGUUGGAACAACUGCUAACAGAGACAGUAAAAUAAAUUUUUUAGUCAUUUUUAAAAUAAACAGUUGGCAAUGUUUGAAAUGGGAAUCGUAAUUUAGGCAUUGUACACCUCUUUAUUUAGUGCUAUUUUCCCCAGCCUAGAGUACUUCCAGAUGGAGAGUGCAAAAAGAUCACAGAGAUAUUGCAAGUAAGUAAAUGGAAAUAGGUGGUUUGUUAAGUUUGUUUUUACUUACUUGAUUUUCUAGGGAAAGAGUAAAUCCAGAUUAAAUUUUGGGGGAGGGGAGAGUGGGCUGGCAUUUUCAUGCCAAUUUUCAGUGGCAUUUUGGUAGUAUGGUUUUAGAUUGCAGGGAUUGCUAAACUACAACAACGACAUGAGAAGCACCCAACACACAUUAAAUAGCUGUCUGGAAGCAUCCUAAGAAAGCCUUAAAGACAUUGGAUCCCACCCCAAAAUAGUGAUAAUCUGGAAACAAUCACAUACUGGCAAAUUAAUGUGUAAUUAACAAUAAUUUGGCACUCUUGUGCAAAAGCCUAUUUCCCCCCUGCUCUGGAAAAAAAUCUUUUUGUGAUAAGGAAAGUGAUGCAGAAUUGAACUGAAAAGUAUGGACUCACCCUUUGCUGCAAUAUCCUCCAAACUCUGCAAAUAAGCCAGAAUGAAUACUCAAUAAACAGGCAAAUAACAGUUGCUGGAAGCCACGGGAGGGGAGAGUGUUCUUGUGGUUGGGUCCUGCC